CGGGUUGAAGCAGUUGAUCAGAAUUUUUCUCUAAGAAAAUGUGACAUAAUUAGCAUAAAGAAAACAUCAUUUUCCAAUAUCAACUGUCAACUCAUCAGAAUGGACUUUUGCAAAUGCAUUAUAUCAAUUUCGUUGUUUGCCAUUUUAGCUCAGAGUGUAACUAGUCAAAAUUUGUCGAAAUGUUUCUUCCAGAAAACGUGUGUCGAAUGUCUGGAUGCGGAUUUUUCCUGCGCCUGGUGUACCGAUGAGAACUACGGAAUGUACAAAUCACGCUGCAUGACUUUGAGCGAUAUUCAAGCAUCUAACUGCAGCUCGGACAAAGUUGAAACGAACAAAAACUUUAGUAAGCUAACAAUUAUCAAAAAAGAACCUUUAAGGGAUUACGACCGGGAAAAACUGGAAGCCAUUCAAAUCAGUCCCCAACGAAUAAAGAUUCAAUUGGGAAAACUCGAAGCCCACACUUUCCAUUUCACGUACAAGCCGGCUAAGAACUACCCACUGGAUCUGUACUAUCUGAUGGAUCUGACCUGGUCCAUGAAAGAUGACAGAGACACCUUAAUCAACAUGGGCGAUCAGCUGGCGAAAGCUCUCGCCAAUCUGACGGAAAACUAUGGACUCGGUUUCGGUAGUUUCAUCGAUAAACCGAUUAUGCCGUUCGUGCAGACCGAAGAACACCGACUGAAGAAUCCCUGUAGCAUUGAAAAGCAGGUCUGCGAACCGACAUACGGAUUCCGGCACCGGCUUCAAAUUACCAACAACAUUGAUGGCUUUAUCGAGAAACUAAAGACGAGCAAUGUUUCGGCUAAUUUGGAUAACUUGGAGGGUGGUUUAGAUGCUCUGAUGCAGGUGCUAGUGUGCGAUGACCGUAUCGGAUGGGGUGCCAACACCAGGAAAAUUGUCAUUUUGGCUACCAACGGAUACAUGCACAUGGCAGGCGAUGGACUGCUGGCUGGGAUUAGCGAACGGAACGAUAAGCAGUGCCACCUUUCGGACAAUGGGGAGUACUUGGGCUCUUUAAUUUAUGAUUAUCCGUCAUUGGAGGAGAUCUACAGAGUUCUGGGGAAGUCCAAAACAGCGGUCAUAUUCGCUGUUACGGACGAAUUACAGGAAUACUACAAGUCCAUGAGGGAUCUGAUGGAAGAGUUUACUAGUGUCGGUCUGUUACAAGACGACUCAUCGAAUAUUUUGCAACUGGUUGAAACAGGCUACCGAGAUUUCGUGAAAAGAGUUGAAUUUACCGACAACGCUCCCAGUUAUAUUCAGCUUUCGUAUUUAACGGAUUGUGGUGGAAUCUACAAAACUCCGCAAGAGGUGAAUAAAUGCGACAAUAUUGAAAUAGGAAAGGAGUAUGAUUUUUUUGUUGAGGUACGACUAGUAGAUUAUCCAUCGGAUUUGGUCUCAAAUUUAACCGUUAAAAUUGAGGAAGCGCUAAUCAGUAAUGAAGGUGUAGUAUUGGAUAUCGACAUCAGACAACAUUGUCAAUGUGAGUUGGAUUCUGAACCCGUUAGCGGAAGCGAGAUCUGCAUUGGCAACGGAGACUAUUCCUGUGGAAUGUGUUACUGUCACUCAGGAUGGAUCGGGAAAAGGUGCGAAUGUAACUUACAGAACUUUGACAGUAGUGCUGAUCUUCUCAAUCAAUGUCGCGAAGAAGGGGAACUCGACGAGCUGGGACCGAUUUGCUCAGACCGAGGUGAAUGCAUCUGCGGUCAGUGCUUGUGCAAUCCGGGAUUCGAAGGACCUCACUGCGAGUGUUCCCAAUGCAUUCCAAUUUCUGGAGUCAUUUGCAGCAACCAUGGUGAGUGCGACUGUGGUGCCUGCAAUUGUCAAAAUGGAUGGGCCGGAGAUGAAUGUGACUGUUCUACCGACCAGGGUACGUGCAAGGCGCCGCAUAAGGAAGAACUUUGCUCCGGACAGGGAGAAUGUUCUUGUGGCCGGUGCCUCUGUAGCGAGUCCUAUUUCGGACCGUACUGUGAAGCUAUGGCUGGAUCGGAGUCCGAACUAUGCUCCUACUAUGACGAUUGUGUACGCUGUGCAAUUCACAAGAAGUUGGGAGCAAAAUGUGACAAUUUAGAAGCGGAGUGCAAAACGAAGUUGGGUUUGUACAGCGCGGAGUUUUUCGACACACUUGAAGAUAUGCUAAACUGCACCGCUAGAAUAACCCAUGAGGAAAUCACAUGUGAUUUCAAAUACACCUACGCGUUCGACAAUCGGAAAACUCUUAUAAAGAUUUUGAAUCAAGACUGCAGCAAAACAAAUGUCAUCGCAACAGCAUUCUCUAUUGCUGUUUUGACACUACUUCUAGGUACUCUUGUAAUGAUAAUAUUCAAAGUUAAAAUGGUGAUAGAAGACCGAAAAUUGUACCAAAAAUUCGAGAAAGAACAACAAAACGAAACAUCGUACGAGAUGCAGAGUCCGCUGUAUAAAUCACCGAUUUCGAGCUUCACUGUACCGAAAGAGAUGGCUGAUAGCGAAUUGAAGUGAAUGCGCCUCGUGGUAGGCAACGACAAAACAGGCUGCAAAGCUUUUAGUAGAAGUACAGUGAUCCUCGUGUUUUGACAGUUGGCUUUGUUUUCUGUGAUGAUAACGAAUUCGACUUUUUUUUGUAAGCUUCUCCAUUUGUGUUAUCUUGUGAGAUGAUGAUAGCUUUAUCCUUAGGUUGCAUAAAAAUGGUGUUGCAUUCAAAAUUACUUAAUGUUCAUGAUGAAUCAUUGAACAAGAAAGUCGAGGU